UGUCAUAGCAACCAAUAGAAACCCUGGAAAAGAGCCGCGGCAGCCAGUAGGAAAAGAGGAGGCGGGGCGAAGCUGUAAACCGAGGAGAGAAGGCUGAAAACCGUCGAAGAGUCAAAAUGUCGGAGCGGAAAGUGUUGAAUAAAUAUUACCCGCCGGAUUUCGAUCCGUCCAAAAUCCCAAAACUUAAGCUCCCAAAGGACAGGCAAUAUGUGGUCCGGUUGAUGGCUCCCUUCAACAUGCGGUGCAAGACGUGUGGCGAAUACAUCUACAAAGGCAAGAAGUUCAACGCACGGAAGGAGACGGUUCAGAAUGAGUCGUACCUGGGGCUUCCUAUCUUUCGUUUUUACAUUAAAUGUACCCGCUGCCUUGCAGAGAUCACUUUCAAGACAGAUCCUGAGAACACGGACUAUGCCAUGGAGCAUGGCGCCACGCGGAACUUCCAAGCCGAGAAGCUGCUGGAGGAGGAAGAGAAACGUUUGCAGAAAGAGAGAGAGGAUGAAGAACUGAACAAUCCCAUGAAGGUUUUGGAGAACAGAACCAAAGAUUCCAAGCUAGAGAUGGAAGUUCUGGAGAACUUGCAGGAGUUGAAAGAGCUGAACCAGCGCCAGGCCCACGUGGACUUUGAAUCCAUGCUGCAGCAGUACAAGGAGUAUGAGGAGCAGCAAAAACAACGGGAGAUAGAGGAAGACAAACAGGAGAUGAAACAGAUGCUAGAGCAAGCUCAGAGCAGAAGGCUGCUGGAAGACUCCGAUUCGGACGAGGAUCGUGUUCCGGCUCCUGCAAAAUCACUACCGAGAGCAAAGCCAACAGACAUCCUACAGGAGGACUCCGAGCCUCAAACUAAGAAGCUGAAGGUGGAAAGCUGGGAGAGGAGUGUGGGCAAGCUGUCCCACAAGGCCAAGCUGUCGGGAAUGGUGACCGCAAAGAAGAAGCCUGCGGGCAGCAUGGCAAAUGGCACAGCAAGUCAAGAAGUGUCGUCGGGCCCAGGUAAUGGAAGUCUGAAUGCAGGGAACACCUCCAGUGGUGCCACAAUAUCUUCUGGACUGUCUACCGGGUCUUCCUCCCUCAGCCUCUUGGGAGCCUACUCAGACAGCGAGGACAGUAAAAGUGACUGAUGGCCCCUGAGCUUAACCAGGUUCUUUUUUCUCAGCCCGCAAACACUAUCUUGCAGGCCAGAAGUGACUUGUUGGGUUGCCUGCCUGCUCCUUGCAAUACUUGUAAACAAGGUUGGCUGUUCUCUCUUGUGGAACCACCACCAGCAGCAAAAGAAGUUGGGUGCAGCCUUUUGUCAGAUGUCUUACCCCGGCUUGAUUAUUCCUCUCUUCCACCUCGCUGUUGGUUAAGGUGACGUAAUGGGGAGGCAGAGAAAUCCAGCUUUUUUGUUAGGUUCCUGGAGCAGUUCUCCCAUGGGGAGAAGAAAACUGAUCAUCCUUUGCAAAAAAAUAACCCAAACCAUCUCUCUUAAGGCAUGAUGACAUUGCAGGCCUGGAGUAUAGCAUCUUCUUUAUGGCUCUAGAGCAAAUCCACAAAGGGAAUGGACUGUUCUUCUUCAUGGUCCUCUGUAACCCCAUAUAGAUGAACCAGCACAACUUGCUAGUGGGUUUAGGACCCAGAAUACAAUUGUGGCUGCUGGCCAGGGCCAUAGUCCCUACCUUUGCAGGAAGGACACAUCCUUUUCCAUUUUUCACUGGCUCUUUUCAUUUUCCCAUCCUCACUACCAGAAUGUUGACCCCUUUGGAUACAUGUAGACUGUUGCAUUUUAUUUCUUGAGUUCCAGGAUCUCUUGAGUGGCUGGAUCUGGGAUCCUUCUUGUGUAAUUUAUCAGAUAUUUUAAAAUUAGAUGUAUAGGAAAGUUUGUGAUUGCAGUAUUGUCUAGUGUCGUCUGUCAACUGGGGUUUUGCAUUCAACAAAUACAACCAUACAAACAUA